GGCUCCAGACACCGCCGACUUUGCCACUCAGCGCCCGUGUGCAGCGGAGGGAAAGCCGUUAGCUCCGUUAGCUGUAUGAGCGGUGGGACAGUGGGAUAGUUCCGCUCGGUUCUUCCUUGUGUUUCCACCAUGGCCUACCAGCUGUACAGAAACACUACUCUGGGAAACAGCCUGCAGGAGAGUCUGGACGAGCUCAUUCAGACUCAGCAGAUCACGCCUCAGCUGGCCCUUCAGGUCCUCCUCCAGUUUGAUAAAGCCAUCAACACAGCACUCGCAAACCGAGUCCGCAACAGAGUCAACUUCAGGGGUUCCCUCAACACAUACAGGUUCUGCGACAACGUGUGGACGUUCGUCCUGAACGACGUGGAGUUCAGGGAGGUCACCGACCUUGUCAAGGUCGACAAGGUCAAGAUCGUCGCCUGUGACGGAAAGAAUUCGGGCUCCAACGCUGCAGAGUGAACUCACAUGGACCUGGACUGUACAUAUAAUUUAUUACAGCAGCGUCACAGUCCGACUGGGUUUCAGUCUGUUUGUUUCAGUGUGUUUGUUUGUGUGUUUGUUUCAGUGCGUUUCAGUGCGAGUGUGGGCCGGUCACUGUACCUGCAGUUCUUUUUUAUUAUCUCUUUACAGGACAUUUCUGUUCAGUUUGUCUUAUUAUUGAACUGGAUCAUGUUUAAUAAAAACUUUAUUUAAAACACAGG